UGGUAGCUAGCUAGUUAGCUAGCUAGCUAACGUUACUUAUUUCUAAUCUAGAUUAUCUAGAUGUGCCACGAAUCUGUUUACCUAUUUUGAAUAGUGGCAAGUUCAAACGUGUUUUUUACGAGUUUAAAAGUAUAGCCGAAGUUGCAUCAAUGAUGGCAAGGCAGAGCUUGUUUGCAAUCCACACUGCGACAUCCCACUUGAUGAUACUGCUCCUGGAUGAUGGUUUUACUGACUGGUCUUCAAUGUUUUUAGAAUGAUCACUAGUACAGAGUUUCACCUGAACACAGUUGAACAAUUCUAUCACCUAUCUUCAACCACAUUAUCCUUUGGGGUAAGUUAAAAUCAGUUGAAUUUCUGUGUAGUUAUUUUUUGUAUUGUGGAUAACAAUUGUACAAGCAGCACAAUGAAAAACAGUAAGCUAUAGUUAGCUAGCAGUGAUCAUUUCUGGUAUUGAGCGAACAUGUUUUGUGGAAAUGCCCAUUGUACUCCACAAUGGCAUUGUUUUUGCUUAAUCUCUAAUGUUCUCUCCUUUGUUUUGUUGUUACACAAGCCUGGGUUGCAGCCAGAUCUUAUCUGUGCCUGUGUCCCCUGUGAAAUGACCUGACACUGAGUGUUCACCACAAUCAUAAGACAAUGGCGAGAAUAGCAUGGUAUCAAGAGAAGGUAAGACAUGCUGCACUUACUGACAAUGUAAUGAGGGUCUAAAAUCCCCUACAUGAUAUAAUAAAAACUGAAGUGUGUCCAUGUGUCAACAGAUCGGUGCAUAUGAUCAGCAGGUCUGGGAGAAAUCUCUGGAACAGGCUGAACUUAAUGUAAGUUCAUGACGUUUGGUCUAAUAUGCUCAUAUUUCACCUGCCAUUAGAUUCAUUUCUUAUGUGAUCAGCAUUUGUUACAAAGAUAACUGUCUCCCACACAGGGCAUUGACCGUAAACCAAAGAGGUCCGGUCAUAUCAAGCCAGACCUCAUUGAUGUUGACUUAGUAAGAGGUGAAUAUCCAUUUAUUACAAGGUGUUAUAUCUAUGCUUAUUUGCACUAUUUGCUUAUUGGAUGGAUAUGGUGCAUGCAACACUAUAGAUUGUGUCUCUCCUAUUCCAGGGUCUACAUUCGGCAAGGCCAAGCCCGAUAGUCCAUGGACGGCGUUGACCCGUAAGGGUCUGGUCAGGGUGAUCCUCUUCCCCUUCUUCUUCCAGUGGUGGAUCCAGGUGACCUCCAGGUCCAUCUCCACCUGUAUCCUGGUGCUCUACUUCAUGCAAGGUAAACUCACAUCUCACCUUUAGGAAUGGUUCAGGUGUCUACUGUGGAAUCCAAUAUUAUUUUUCAUUAAACCUAAAUGGGUCUGUAACUCUCAGUCCCCUAUAUAGUGUAUUAAUAGCUUUCUCUCUGUAGUGGCAGCAGCAUUGUUGUACGUGGAGGUUCCUGCAGCCAGUGCUAGUGAGCAGUUUGGGCCAAUGUGUCUGAUGUUAUUGCUGGGGACAGUGCACUGCCAGAUAGUGUCCACUGAGUCCAACCGGAGCCCUUCAGUCAGCCCUGUCAGCAGCAGCGGCACCAGCCCUGCACGCAGGAGGAGGUAGGGUUCUUAUUGCCAGUAACACACACUGCUCACACACACACUGUUCACACACACGCUGCUCACAAACAUGGUGCUCACACACAUGCUGUUCAUACGCACCCUUUUAUACACUCAAACGCAAACUGCUCUCACACUGUAUAACAUGUUCCCUUAUUUUCUCACCCGUCAUUCAGGCCAAGGAAGGGUAGAGGAUUGAAGAGGACAGAGGGACAGGGGAACAACAGGGACACUGAGCUGCAGCUGGAGGAAAACCAGAGGUUGUACAGAUCAGAGGAGAGAAGGGUAAGGCCAUACAAACAAGGAUCAGAUCCUCUACCUGAGCAUAAAACAAUGAUUGUUUGUGAGUCAAGCAGUCAUUAACAGAGUUGCAGUUUUUCCUUUUUUUUUAUGUCUGUGUGAAUCAACAUUUAUUUGUUUCCUUUGUGGUGUUGCUGUUUAUCCAGCUAAUUAUAUUGCUGUUUGUGAUGUUGUUCCUGACCAAUCAGAGAAAGUCAGGCUUUGGGGCCUCUGAUGAGCUUUCCAGUGAAGAAGAGGAGGAGGAAGAUGAUAAGGAAGCAAAACCACCCACUGGUGUAGCUGGACCGACACCUGCCUCUGUCAUCAGGAAGAGACACCUUCACUCCUUCUCAAACCCCUCACCACCUCAGGUAAACCCUAAGACAGUGAGUCCUGCACAUUGUAGCCAGAGUGAAAGGUGGACAUUUAGUUUGACCAGUCCUAUUAUUUGCACAGGAGGAAAGUAGUGGAGGCACCAAGGCCACUAAGGUAAACCCUCGUCAAGUGGAGCACCUGAGGACCGAGGGCUCGCACCCGGCCUCUGACACAGAUGACACGAUGUGGGAGGAUCUUCUUCAGGGGCCAGACUCUGCUUCCACUGGCAGCAGUGACAGUGAGGGGGAGGGGCGGUACUGCCCGGGCCUGACCCUCCCCCCAUCCACCACUCUCAGCAGUGAUGAUGAGAACCUGCAGCAGGUGGGUCUGUCCACAAGGACUCACUUUAAUCACAGUUCCUUUUAGCUACACCACACAUAUACCCUGUCACCUAAUAUGUAACCCCAAAAAGGGUUAGUAUAUCAGCACACCAGCUUUCUCUCCUGACAGGGCCAACUAUCGUGGCUGCAGGCGUGCCACCCAUCCAGAGACCGGGUCAGUGCCAUCAUCUGGGAGCAGGGGGAGUGCAAGAAAGCAGACAUGUCAGUACUGGAGAUCAGUGGGAUCAUCCUCACACGGGUACACCUCCUAUGACCACUUCAUUACACUCACUGAUGCCAUUUUGGUACAAUUAACACACAUUCAAUACAGAGUGAAUGCUGGUCUAUAAUGCUUUAGGGCUGGAAUGGGUUUCUGACUGUUUCUAUUUAUAGAAACACCAUUAGGGCUGUGUACUCUGUGCCCCAUAACUCUGUCCUCCUAACAGAGGUGAUAUCUCCUGUGUAGGUGAAGGUGGUGGAGCAGGGCAUGGGUUACCUAGCCCUGGGGGGGUUGGUCACUGCCACACUGGUGCUGCUUCCCUUUGGCUUCCGCCUGGCACAGCGGCUGGACAUGACACGCCUGAGCUCCCUGUCCCUGGCAGAGCUGGGUGUCAUGGCGGUGGGGCCGCCCGACGCCCAGACCUACGCCUUCCUCUUCAUCACCACCGUGGAGAGGCUCUGCCUCACAGGACUCUUUUUCUUCAUGAUGUGUGUGGCAGAGAGGACCUACAAACAGGUCAGCAUGUUAGUCCCACUGUUGUAGACAAACUACUACAUAACGAACAUGUUGGAAAUGUUGCAUGUUUCUCUUUCAACAGAGGCUUGUUUUCGCCAAACUCUUCAACCACAUCACAUCAGCACGAAAGGCCAAGAAGUCGGAAAUCCCCCACUUCAGGCUGAAGAAUGUGCAGAAUAUUAAGAUGUGGCUGUCGCUCCGCUCCUUCCUCAAGGUCUGAGUUCCUCUCACUACUCGAAUGCCUUUUUGUUGGUAUACUUCAGUGUAUGGUUUUGCCACUAGGGGGUGAUGAAGGUCCUGCCCUCAUUGAAAUGUCCCCUAAUAUUAUUUCCUAUUCACCACAGAGACGUGGGCCCCAGCGUUCCGUUGAUGUCAUCGUCUCCUCCAUCUUCCUCCUGGCCCUCUCCAUCGCCUUCAUCUUGUGUACACAGGUGAGACAUAUCGAUAAAAAGAGUGUACUUUGUUUGAUAAAUACACAGUAUUCAAAUAAACAUACCAUGAUUUACCAUCCAAAAUACCUGUUGUAAGACUGAAUGUGCAUUUGUUAAGCUCCAACCUGUACAAACAGAAUAGAUUUAAGAUCAUGAGUACUCAUUUUCUAUCUCUAACUGCCAGCUCCUGAACAGUCCCCACACAUUCCUGGACUCUGAGACCAACUGGGAGCUCAUGGUGUGGGGCUCCUCCCUCAUCCUCUUCCUGCUCCGUCUGGCCACCCUGGGCUCCGAGACCAACUGUAAAUACAGCAACGUGUCAGUGCUGCUGACCGAACAGGUAAGGCCCCCUGCUACACACACAACCAGGGGUAUCGUGAACGCAAGAUUCUCCAUUUUUCACACAGAAAAGGAAAGAUAAAACACAGAACAAAUAUACGCAGAUUUUAAAAUGCUUCUUAUUGUAAAUUCUGCUUGGCUUCAGUCAGUGUUCGCUCCAAAUCAUGAAUGUAAAAGGACUCAUUUCGUGCUUCAGUUGCACUUCUCCACUCGGAUGAAAUAUCUUUGCUCUCGUCAUUGGAUCACCAGACAGCGUUCUGACUGAUGUAGGCUAGGGCUGUGGCGGUCACGAAAUUUCAUCAGCCGGUGAUUGUCAAGCAAAUAACUGUCGGUCUCACGGUAAUUGACCAUUAAUUAACAUAAACACAUUUAGCAUCUCCUGGCUUCCACAUAUAGCCUACAAGCCACUGGUGCUGACCUUUGGAACAUCUACAUUUAAAAAAGUCUAGUAAAUCCAUGUAAUAUAGCCUAUACCUUCACAAUAAAUCCAUUAUUUAUUUUAGACAGGUCUAAAGAAGCAUGAUAUGAAGAAAAUGUAGUCUAUUUCAGAAGAACAGAAUAGCAUACUCUGAGUUGUCCUGAUCUGGCUAUGCCAAAUGGCUGUGGGCUACACUAGUUCAUUUAGCAGACAAGAUUUGCUUAGAAUUCCAUAGCAUUAUUUUAUAGUAUCAAGAAUACAAUUGAACAAAGCUGAGUAAAAUAGAAAGGAUAUUUUCUCCAAACGAUUUGAGGGAGUGCGCACAUGCUGCUAUUCUGUGUUGAGCGGUUAACAAAGAAAUAGAUAUUCCUAUAUGCUUAAUUUAGAGUUAUUAAUGUAACUUUAGUUGUUCUACAAACAUUGAGCUAUAUGUUUUGAUUUUAAUACAUUGUAAGGCUGCAUGAUGCGACUCUAAUGAUGAUUUGAAAAAAGUCGCUUGAAAGGCAUGAGCUCUGCUUUGUUUUUUGCAUAAGGCCGUAUACACUACAUCAGUCACUCAUUCACAAUUUGACAAGCACUUGAUAAUACCUAGAAUUUCACGGUGGCAUCCCCUUUGUGUGUCCGUAAUGCACCCUAAAAAAAUCCAUGCCUUUUGCGGCCAGUGGCCGUUGUGCCCUUCUUGCCGAGUUCUGCACACUCCAUCACGUGAUCGGGUCUAUCUCACAGGCUACAAGUGAAGACAGACACAUUGGGGAUGCAACUGUGCGCUUCCUUAUCCAAUUUCUAGGUGCAUAUUGAAGAUAUUGGAAGAACUGUCCACAUUUACUUUUCGUCAGCCAACAAGAUGAGUAGGCCUAACCAACAGCAAAAGCACUAGCCUAUGUCAAUCUACUAGCCCCCAUAGUACAAAGGUCGACCUAGUCUAGGACAGUUGUGGGAUGCGAUAGAACCCAAAUUAAUACAACCACUAUCAUCAAAAAACAUUUUUUACGCAAUGUGGCUGACGCAACAGAUCAGAACGUUUAGCUUAAAAUGUUGAUAAACUAUUAGGCUACUUCUUCACAUUAUAAGCGCAGCAAUGCGCACAUGGAAGUAGGCUAUAAGCGGGAAUGUUCCAUUAGCGGAAAACACCAUUAUCAAAAGUGACCGCAAAUGCAAUUAUGCAUGUAAUGCUUUUAUUAUAAAGGUGCAUUUUUAUGGUGGAAAUUAUGUUCCCCAAACUUGAAACUCACAAGCUGCUUAUGUUUGCCAGUCAUUUGAUUUGAUUUGAGGAGUUAGGCUCUACACCCGUUGUAAAGUGGAUUAAUGUGCAUACAUUUUUGGCCACUUUAGUUGUGAUACAAACCUUGUUAAAACAUAUAGGCCUAUAGGCUAGGCUACGUGAGGUGUUCGACUAUGAUUCGAAAAAGUCGCAAAAAAAAGCAUUGUUUCUUAUGCUGGACUUUAUUCACAAGUGAUAAUAUAUCAUUCACAAGUGAUAGGCUAAUAUUGUCACCCAUUAGACUAUUGUUGAUUUAAUCUUGUCUUUACAUAUACUAAAUUAUAUAUGUGUGACAUUUGUUUUGAUUUAGAAUGGACCAUUAUCAUGCACCUGUAUCGAAACAGGGGCAGCGGGAAAAAAUACAUGUCAUUUAUGCACUUAAAUAGCGAAUGGAGGAUGCUUUUCCCCGUGGUUUAUUUUCAUGCCAGCCAGGUAGGCAAUGUGCUUAAUAUUAGGAAAGUUGAAAAAUAAAUAUAGUAGGCCUAGCCUAUAGAAAGCUGAUCCUCCUCUUUUCAGUAGAGGCCAUCACUCUGUUUUCUCACGCAAUUGCAUAGCCUAUUGAAAUGUUGCGCAACAUGUGCUUAUGGGCUCUCAUGAAGUGUUUGAUUAGAUUUUCGAAGACAUUCGCAUUUAUGUCAGAGUAAUUAGAGGGACAAUAGAGUGCUGAGUACGAGGCAGUUAGCAAGUUUGGUAGGCUACAAAUAACCAUCAGCAGCAUCAGAGCUUGGAGAAGCCUAAUUACCGUGACUAAACGGUCACAUGGAAUUUGACUGCCUUCAUGACUCGUGACCACCGGUGUGGCGGUAAUACGGUCACCGCAACAGCCCUAAUGUAGGCUACUUUUCUCUGGUACUAGUUCUUCUCUGGUAGCAAGUUCAAAUGCAAGAUUAACUUCAAGCAGAACUUUAGGAAAUGUAGCUGGCUACAUUCUUUCUAUGAUAAACAUUAGAAAUAUGAUGGCCAAAAAAUACCUUGGUUUUUCAUUGUAAGCUAACUUACUUAUGUGUGGCUGCUAGCCAAAUAGCAUUGCACUUCUGUUGUCAUCUGAUGAAAAUGAUUUUCUGCCAAAUGUGUUGCACAGCCAGCUCCAACUGGGUCUUCCACGAGGAGAAGCUUCUAGAAACAAUGGGGUAGUUCAACGCAAUAGUGAAAUGCAUGUGGAUCUGCAUGGGCGGUGUCUCUGAUGUUUGUUUGAUGUUUCAGAGAUCUUGAUAUUGUGUAUUAGGUAUAUGUUGUGAAAUUGUUAGAUAUUACUUGUUAGAUAUUACUGCACUGUCGGAGCUAGAAGCACAAGCAUUUCGCUACACCCGCAAUAACAUCUGCUGAACACGUGUAUGUGACAAAUAAAAUUUGAUUUGAAGUAGGAUUCACAUCAACGUCAAAGCUCUUCUCUUUCCCUCUGGAUAUCAGUGGUGGAAAAAGUACCUAAUUGUCAUACUUGAGUAAAAGUAAAGAUACCUUUAAUAGAAAAUGACUUAAGUAUAAGUGGAAGUCACCCAGUAAAAUACUACUUGAGUAAAAGUCUAAAAGCAUUUGGUUUUAAAUAUACUUAAGUAUUACAAGUAAAUGGAAUUGCUAAAAUAUACUUAAGUAUCAAAAGUAAAAGUAUAAAUAAUUUCAGAUUCCUUAUGGGAGACCCAUGGGGCGGAGCGCAAUUGGCCCAGUGUCGUCCAGGGUAGGGGAGGGAAUGGCCAGCAGGGAUGUAGCUCAGUUGAUAGAGCAUGGCGUUUGCAACGCCAGGGUUGUGGGUUCGAUUCCCACAGGGGGUAUGAAAAAAAUAAAAUAAUGUAUGCACUAACUAACUGUAAGUCGCUCUGGAUAAGAGCGUCUGCUAAAUGACUAAAAUGUAAAUGUAAUUAAGCAAACCAUUCGGCACCAUUUUCUUGUUUUUAAAAUGUACGGAUAGCCAGGGGCAUGCUUCAACACUCAGACAUAAUUUACAAACGAAGCAUGUGUUUAGUGAGUCCGCCAGAUCAGAGGCAGUAGGGAUGACAUGGGAUGUGAAUUAGACAGUUUUCCUGUCCUGCUAAGCAUUCAAAAUGUAACGAGUACUUUUGAGUUUCAGGGAAAAUGUAUGGAGUAAAAAGUACCAAAUUUUCUUUAGGAAUGUAGUGAAGUAAAAGUUGCCAAAAAUAAAAAGAGUACAGUACAGAUACCCAAAAAUACUACUUAAGUAGUACUUUCAAGUAGUUUUACUUAAGUACUUUACACCACUGCUGGAUAUGCACAGAUGCCUUCUGGGAAUAAUUAAGUGCUUUGCAAUAAAAGUCUUAAAGGGGUACUGUCAGUAAUAAUGACUCAAUAUAGUUUCAAAAUAAAAGUAUAAUACAAAAACCUAUGCUACAACUCUAUUGAAGCAAAAAAGAAAAAAAUACUUUAAAUAUGAAACGCAGGUAAAAUGGUUUAAAACACGUUUUGCGUUUUGAAAAGGCAGAUUUGUGAAUGCUAAUGCGACCCCUGACAACACGCACACAGACACACACACACAAUCGCGCGCACGCACACAAACAUUACUUUAAUACAUCUCCCUCAAUUAUUUUCUUCUUUCAGAUCAACUUGUAUCUUAAGAUGGAAAAGAAGCCCAACAAGAAAGAAAAUUUGAACAUAGUGAACAAUGUUCUGAAGCUUGCAACAAAACUAAUGAAAGUAAGGAUGUCUCUCAACUUCAGCCCCAUAAUGACAUUUUGGACUUUAGUCAAAUCUACUGGGCUGGUAGUUGUUUAUUCAGCAUAACGUGCAAUGAAAGCAUCUCUGACUGGCUUCUCAUACCAACCCUUUCACAGGAGCUUGACACCCCCUUCCGACUGCUGGGGCUGACUGUGAACCCUCUCAUCUAUAACAUCACACGCGUGGUCAUCCUGUCUGCAGUCUCCGCUGUGGUCAGCGACCUGCUCGGCUUCAACAUCAGAGUGAGUGGAGACACUUCUAAUCCCACAAUGCUGUUGCUAAACACUGAUAUCUUUGUCAUACAGUGAAUCUUCACGUCUGUCAGAGUUGUUUUCCUCCUGGCACAACUUCCAAAAGUGAGUAUAUAUGCUGUGUUUUUAAAUGUGCCCUCCUUGUUGUCUCUCCUACAGCUGUGGAAGAUUAAGCCUUAAUGUGAACUUGCUAAACCACUAACUGUUGGACACUGGAGACUCUGCUAACUCCUACCAUCCACAGCUUGCCAUCUGUGCAAACCUACUGAGUGAUCGCCUAUGCAUCUCCGUGCCUUCCCAGGAACAUUGAACUUUAAAUCACACAAUACCAUUGUGGUCAUACACAAGCAUGAGCUCUUUACAAUCAAUGAUACACACAUCCUAGGCUACGUAAUCAUUGUGGCCUGAACCGAUCUGCUGCAGCAGUUCCAGUAACCCAGUGCCAGAAUCUAGAAAGUCCCUGGACCUGGCCACUUCCUGGUUCUUAAGUGGAGAAACAGUAGCCAAUGGGUGCCUUCUGAACACUGAGAAAUUUGCUGGCCAUUUGAAUGUGAACCAUUUCAAGACAUGGAGAAAGGAUGGAAUAGGAAACAAGAAUGAACAAACUGUUAUGAAAGAAUUUGACAUUCCAGCAUGGUUUGACAUGUACUCAGCUGUUAGACAGCGUUAAAUACUUUUUAAAUGAUUUUUUUAAAUACAAAUCUUCAAAAUGGGUUACUGAACUAAAUUGAUGAAUUGCAUUAUUUUAUUUUUUAUAUGAUAUUUAACUACUCUAAACCGAUUUUUGUGAUAUUUUAAGGGGAAUGUAAUGUAGCUUUUAUGGGGGCUUUAUUUAUUUGGGGUUUGUCUGUAUUUCAUUACUGACAUAAUGGUACACAUAGAUUGUAACCUUUGGCCUUAGUACUGAAGACCAAUAUGUUCUGCUAAGCAACUAUUCACAGAUAGUAUAGUUUGAUUUUAAAAAAUUACACAAAGAAACGUUAAUAGGCUAUAAAUUAGGAAUGUUUUAUUUCCUUUGAUAAUAAAUAUUUCGCAAUUAUUUUAUUACUGCUGUCUGGUCAGUGCACAUAAUGUUCUCACUUCCACUGCCUACAUAAUAUA